ACACAGGAGAAUGUUGCAGGGAGUGUGGGUAGUGUUACAGCAAACUACAAUAGAUCAAUCAUUUAACACAAUACAAUCAUUCUAACUUUCGAAAGCCAUUUUUUUUCUUUUCUGUUUUUAUAUUUAAUAUAUUAUUCAUUUCAUACAUAUAUACUUUUUAUUACAGAAUUUGGCGUAAAAUUCUGAGAAUACAUUUCAAACAAGUUCUUUUCCCCAUGCAUAAUCUUUUUGUUUUGCUUUAUAUAUCUUAAGGACCAUGAAUACAAAUUCAUACAUCUCAAGAAGAGAAGAGAUGCUAUAUAUAUGCCAGAUUAUAGCUAAAGCUCAUUUCCAUCUGUAGUCCCUGGGUAGGUCACACAUAACACUCAACAAACAAUCAAAACAUUUCAUAAUGCCUAUCACAAUAACAAAUCAAAUAGAUCAUAUACAUAUAUAAAUAUAAAUACUAGUACAUUUGUCAUAUAAAUAUAAUUUUACAAUUCAUUUAAACAAACAUCUCAAAUUGCAGUAACUUUUAUGUUGGCAAGACUAAGUGAUGUUUGCACUACACGGGAAAAGGUGUGAAACGGUUUAAAGAUCAGCUGGAAGAAUAUUUCAAUGUCUGAUUGUUGUAAAAGAGAAAGCAGUUUGUGAAAAGGCCUAAGUGGGAUGGUUACAUCUACGUUUUUAGAGGUUCUGCCCAUUUGUUGUUUUCUUUUUCUAAAGAAGAAGAUUAGUCUUCUCAAAAAGAGGAAGGAAAUGCUGUCGGCGUAAUUUGGUGACAGAAACUGAUAGACUGAAGCUGAUGUGAAAUCAAAAAGUCUUUCAGUCCGGCACUGAGCUGUGAACAUGGAGAAAGUGGUCGUGCUUUGUCUGCUGUUGGUGGAGCUCAGCUCUUCUUUUACUCAAGAAACACAGAUAUACUUUAAAGAGGGCAACAGUCUGACGUUGGACUUGAGGCCUUUUCCUUCCAAAAAUAUCACCAGCAUCCUCUGGACGUGUAACGGUGAUUUGCUGAUAGAUUGUUGUGAAAGUAUGUAUUACAGCACAUACAAAGGAACAGCCACCCUGGAUAUGCACACCGGACGUUUGAUGAUCAAGAACAUGACCAAAGCUGACGAGGGUGUGUAUUCAGUGGAGAUUAACAACAAGGUCCAAGGUGAGACAUAUAAAGCUGUAAUGAUCAAACACGUUCCCAAGCCCGAAGUGAGGGUCUCCCCUCUGACAGCCAGAGGCCCUUGUAAGCUGACCUGCGAGGGGGACACCACCGGGGCCGGACCCGUCACCUACAGCUGGAAGACGGGGGACGGAGAGUGGAAGGAGUUGCAGAAGGACAUCAUCGAGGAAGAGCAUGGACACGUGAAAACCUUCACCUGCAGGAUGAAGAACCCAUUAAGUGAGGAAGAAAGCCCUGCCCGCACGAUUCUCUUCCUCCCAGGAAAACCAGCAGACUCUGGACUCUGGAUCAAAGUGUUAGGGGCUGUGAUCAAAUCCCUGGCUAUCUUCGCCCUGCUGGGGGCCAUGGUGUAUGCGUUGUGGAGGAACCAAGAGACUCUCAGGAAACUGAUGUGUCCAUGCCAGAGCAAAAAUAGUGAUUAUGUAAAUGCGGCUUAAAGACGAUGUUCACUUUGAGCGUUGAUAAAGCAUGUCAGGCCUCAGAGCCUUGGACAUGUGUGUUUGGAAGUCAAAUAUCAAAUUAAAUAGAGAUGUUUUAAUGCUUUUAAACAGCUUUGCAUAUUCCUUUGCCAUUUGUUUUGACUUUUGCAGUUUAGGUGUGACGUGUCAAGAAGACUUCUAAUGGACAUUGAACUUAAUACAUCUUCCCUGAAGCCUUUGUAAUUUGAAUAGAGAUUCUUUCAAGUCAGGUCUGCUUUGAUAUGGUGUUUCUGAUAUUUCCCCCUGCAUUCUAUGUAUCCAGCACAUCGUCCUUUAUACCCUGAGACGGAGGGGGUAAAGACAGAUAAAGGAUAAAUGCAAUCAGCUUAUGGUGGAAAUGUUCCUGACCUAGUUUUUUAAAGCAUUAUAGAAAUAAAACAAAACAUGAAAGUAAAUGCACUUAUGGUUGUGAAGUUUUAAAGUAAAAUAUAAUUUUUAAUAUAAUUAUUGAGAUGUUAUAACAUACUGUUUAUCUUCUACUUGUUUUGACUUUUGACU